AUGGCGUUGUAUCCUCUUCACCAUGAGUUCCCCUUUAAAGACCGUGUUUUCCAGCAUAGAAAUUCAAGUCGUCAUACCAGAGGAGAAAUUUUGUUUGAUCUGAAUGGUUCCAGAAAAAGUUUUCCGUCUGGCAGGACCUUUCCAUGUCCGGCUUUGGGCGUAUUGAUGAAGGCAGAGGUUACUAGCAGUAGCACUAGUGGUCUGAAACAUAGAAAAACCGCUCUGGGAAGAGAUUCUAGGAAGAAGACUCAUAUAAGAUCGAUGCCGUGUUGUCUUUCAUCAAGAGGAAAGCUAUGCUUGGUCAGGGCGUCAUCAGAGACCAAGACUAUCAAAAAGAGACUUCAACUGUUAGAUUCCUACUUUGGGAAACUUCAAAGCGGCGAUGAGAAGCCUUCUGUUUCAAGGGCAGAUGAACUCACUGCAGAGGAGGAUUUAGAAUCAUUGAGCGUUUGUCUUGACAAACAACAAAAAGAAGAAGGUUCAGUAGCAAGCAAAUUGAGAAAAGCUGAUAUCAAAAGUAAUAACAAUAGCUCUUUUCAGCAGCUUGAUGAUGAUGAUCAAGGAGAAGCUACACUGAACUUCUAUACUGUGUAA